AAACACACGCACAAUCCACACACAAACAUUUACAAAUUCGCGCAUAGGAAUGGAUGAGGUGGUGGGCUGGCCCAGAACCAUCUCUCGGCAUUCAACUAACUCUAUCACCUUUGACUUCUGAGGCAAGAACGUUUGAGGAAACAUAGCGGGAACAAAGGGUCAGCGCUGAGAUGACAGACUCCAAGCUGACUGGGCCAAACCGCGGGGAGGCGCGUCCUUGGGGCGGAGCUGACCCCGACGAGCCCCGCCCCGGCCUGCGUCCACCAAUUGUGCAGUUGCCGCUGGAAACCACAAGAGGAGCAGUCCCAGAAAGAACAGGGCUGGCUGCCUUUCUCAGCGCUCGAAGCCGCGCCAUGCUUGUCCUCCGAAACUGCCUGACUAGAGCGCUGGCCCCGCGAACGCUCGAGCCUCAGGUGUGCUCAUCUUUUGCCACAGGCACCAGACAAUAUGAUGGAACAUUCUAUGAAUUUCGUACCUAUUGUCUUAAACCUUCAAAGAUGAAUGAGUUCCUGGAAAAUGUUAAGAAAAACAUUCAUCUUCGAACAGCUCACUCUGAAUUGGUUGGAUAUUGGAAUGUAGAAUUUGGAGGCAGAAUGAAUAAAGUGUUUCAUAUUUGGAAGUAUGAUAAUUUUGCUCAUCGAGCUGCAGUUCGGAAAGCACUGGCCAAAGAUAAGGAAUGGCAAGAACAAUUCCUAAUUCCAAAUUUGGCUCUCAUUGAGAAACAAGAGAGUGAGAUUACUUAUCUGGUACCAUGGUGCAAAAUAGACAAGCCUCCAAAAGAAGGAGUCUAUGAACUGGCUACUUUUCAGAUGAAACCUGGUGGUCCAGCCGUGUGGGGUGAAGCAUUUAAAAGGGCAGUUCAUACUCAUGUCAAUCAAGGCUACACAAAACUAGUUGGAGUGUUCCAUGCAGAAUAUGGAGUACUCAACAGAGUCCAUGUUCUUUGGUGGAAUGAGAGUGCAGAUAGUCGAGCAGCUGGGAGGCAUCAGUCUCAUGAGGAUCCCAGAGUUGUAGCUGCUGUUCGAGAAAGUGUUAACUUCCUAGGAUCUCAGCAGAAUAUGCUUCUGAUUCCUACGUCAUUCUCACCAUUGAAAUAGUUUUCUACUGAAAUACAAAACAUUUCAUUAACUGGUAUAAAAUGUGUCUGCUAAUGUUGCUUAAAUAUUUCCAAGAGUUUCUCACUUUUAUUUGUAGGAGGUGGUAAGUUAAUUUGCUGUGUCCCUUGCAUUAUUUAAAGCUACCUUUGUCCUUUGUCACCACCACUUCAGGAAAUGGUUCUGUUUAUUUUCCUCACAGCAUUUCAGUAUCUGUCAGACAUUAUAAACACUUGUCACUACUUCAAGAUCUUGAUUUUUCCAUUUGUUUCACAAUAUCUCUUCUUCUGUACUUUGACAACCUUUUGCUUUAUAGCAUUUUCUUAUAUUGAAAUGAUGAUGUUACAUUUCCAUGCCUGUGACAAUAUUUUUAAAUUACUAAUAUACAUUAUCAACCUUUUCAUUGUGUCAUUUUUCCUGAGAUUUUUCAGUGUUUUGUCCAGUAUAGUUUAUUUUAUAAUACCAAAUGGGAUUCAUGAAAAUCUUAAGCAUAUUUUUUGAAUAUGGAAAAGUAUAUUAUCAUUUGUGUCAUAUACAUUAAUUAUGGUUUUCACGUUAUUAGUCGCUUACUUGGAAAAUAAUGUUAUUAGGUGCUGGUAUUAAAAAUCUUUGAAGACUCCUUGGUUCAUUUGCUGAAAUGUCUUCAUUUGUAAUUCAUUUUACUAAAUUUACUUCAUUCUGGAUCCUAUUUAACAAAGAUACUUGAGACAUCUGUUUAUUUUAAUGAGAUCUUUAUGAAUAUGGAAAUGUUUGUCCUAUUAAAAACCUACAUAUACA